AUGAAGUUCUUUUCCCUCCUGGCCUCGGCCGGCCUCGCUACUCUGGCCUCCCUGCCCCUGACCAUGGCCGGCGUCAUCACCCCUUCAUACUUUUACAAACACCCCUUGUCCCGACGCCAGCUCUCCGACGUCCAAGUCCAAAGGGAGCUGGGCUCGCAGCUCUCCCGCCACGCAACAAUCAUCGGUCCCGGCGGACCAGGGUGGGAUGAAGCAACGGAGCGGUUUGACAAUGAGUCGCGCCCGACCAUCAGGCUGGUGGUGGUGCCAGGGGCCGAGUCGGAUGUUGCAACCAUCGUCAAGGUUGCCAACCUCUUCGGCGUCCCUUUUCUUGUCAAGAACCGCGGCCAUGCCCUGACCAACACCAUCGGCAAAUUUAGGGGCAUCCAGAUCGACAUGUCGCGCCUCACCACCAUCACCAUCCAGCCUGGCGAGCCCGCCGAGUCGGCUUGGUUCCAGGGUGGGGCAUGGGACAAGCAGGCCAUUGAGUACCUCUGGGACCGAGGCUAUGUCACCGUCACCGGCAGCUGCGACUGUGUCGGCAUGAUGGGGCCUGGCCUUGGUGGUGGACACGGACGCUAUCAGGGGUUGUAUGGGCUCAUCAGCGACAACCUGAUCAACAUGAACGUGGUGCUUGCUGACGGCUCGGCCGUCAGGGUCAACGCCACCAGCAACCCCGAGCUGUGGUGGGGUAUGCAAGGCGCUGGCCACAACUUGGGCAUCGUCACGAGCUUCCAAUCCAAGAUCUACCCUCGCAAGAUCGACACCUGGCACUAUCACUCCUACACCUAUACUCAGGACAAGCUGGAAGCUGUUUUUGAGGCCCUCAACACUUUCCACGGAAACGGCGAUGGUUCCACGCCUGUCUUGAUGGCGCUGAACACUGGCGGCUUUUAUAUCGAUCCUUCCGUUAGCCAGACCGAGCCCGUCGUGUCCUGGGUCUUUGGUUACGCAGGUCCCGCCGAAGAAGCCGAAGCCCUCCUGGAGCCGUUCAACCGCCUCGGACCAGCAGCGCAGCAGAGCGGCGACGUGCCCUACCCCGAGGUGGCCACGGCCAUGGGCACAGGCCAAGACCAGCCCCUCUGCCAGCCGGGCGACGCCCACGUGCAGGUGACGUCGCAGUUCAACGUGUACAACGUGACGGCCGAGCGGGCCCUGUACCGGCUCUUCAACCGCACCAUCACGGAGCACCCGCAGCUCGCCAACUCGGUCGCCUUCCACGAGGGCUACUCGACGGCCGCCGUGGACCGCGUGGACCCGGACGCCUCGGCCGUCGCCUUCCGCGACCGCAAGCUGCUCAUGUUCUUCGACACGCGCCUGACCCCCGCCGACGCCGCCGACCCCGAGGUCCUGGAGAUGGCGAGGGAGUUUGGCCGCCAGGUGCGCCGCAUCUGGAACGAGGGCGCGCCCGACCUGAAGCCUGCUACUUAUGUCAAUUAUGCUGCCGGCGACGAGCCGAUCGAGUCCAUGUACGGGUACGAGCCCGCCCGGUUGCGGCGUUUGCGGGCCCUCAAGCGCAAAUAUGACCCGCAUGGUCGUUUUGUUUAUUACAACCCAAUUGCCUAA